AUGUUCUUUACCAUCAUCAUAAGCUUCUUCGCAAUUUCAGUAACAUCUGUUUUAUCAGCUCUCCAUCCAGAUGAAUUGAAAGCGCUAGAGAAGAUAGGUACUACACUUGGUAUCAAGGGAUUGAACCUAAGUUAUGAAGACCCUUGCAUUUCAGGAACCUUAAAGAUGAUACCAGAAGUUGCUGUUGUUUCGAAUCCGGAGAUUAGAAACAGCACCAUUCGUUGUAAUUGUAGCUUCAACAACAACACGAUAUGUCAUAUAACAAGCAUAGAUCUCAAGACCCUUAGCCUUCCAGGAAAGCUUCCACCCGAGUUUGCCGACCUUCGAUAUCUCCAGUCGAUCGACCUAUGCAGAAAUUACCUUUCGGGCACAAUCCCAAUGGAGUGGGCUUCAAUGCAAUACCUCACUUCCAUCUCACUCUGCGCCAACAAUUUGUCUGGGAGUUUACCAAUUUGGUUACAAGACUUCAAGAAUCUGACAUUCCUAGGUCUUGAAGCCAACCAGUUCUCUGGUCAGAUUCCUGAUGAGCUUGGUAAAUUGACCAACCUAGAAUCAUUGCAUCUUACGUCCAAUCAAUUUACAGGAAGCUUGCCUACCACUCUCGCUAGACUGGUCAACCUUAAGGAUUUUAGAAUAAGUGACAAUAACUUUACUGGCAUCAUCCCAGGAUAUAUUGGAAACUGGUCUGGGCUAAGAAGGCUACAUCUAUAUGCAAGUGGACUGAAAGGACCUAUCCCUAAUGCAGUGGCCCAACUAGAAAAUCUUACAAAACUGAGUAUUGGUGAUACGACUGGGAUAAACUCCUUUCCAAUUCUAUCCAGCAAAGCCAUCAAAACCAUGAUUUUGAGGAAUGUGGGUUUGUCGGGUCCUAUUCCUCCUUACAUUUGGGAUAUUGCAGACCUAAAAAUUCUUGAUUUAUCGUUUAACAAUUUGACCGGUGAAGUUAAUGGAAUACAAAGAGCACCAAAAUAUACCUAUUUGACUGGAAAUAAGCUCUCUGGAGACGCUGGAUCUGGUGUUUUUCUCAAUAGCCAAUCUAAUAUUGAUCUCUCUUACAACAAUUUCUCAUGGUCGUCUAGCUGCCAGGAAAACAGUAACAUCAACACGUACCGGAGCUCAUAUAUUAAGAACAAUUUAACUGGGCUUCUUCCAUGUGAGGGUCCAAUCAUCUGCACGAGUUAUGAGCGAUCACUACAUAUAAAUUGUGGUGGAGAGAAUGUAACUAUUACAAACUCUUUUGGUAAAAUAACUUAUCAAGCUGAUAACAGUCAAACCAGCGCCACAGCAAGUCAGCACUUCAAAAACUGGGGAAUCAGUAACACAGGUGUAUUUUUCACGGAGAAUGAUAGUGAGGAUGAUACGUACAUCAUUUCAACUAGUUUAACACUAUCUGGAGAUUCUCCUGAUCUUUAUAAGACUGCGCGUCGAUCUGCUCUCUCUCUUGUUUAUUAUGCGUUUUGCUUGGAAAAUGGAAACUACGAUGUGAAACUUCAUUUUAUGGAGAUUCAGUUUUCAGACCAAGAACUAUACAGUCGUCUGGGCAGACGCAUAUUUGAUGUCUAUGUUCAGGGAGAAUUGUUCUUGGAGGAUUUUAACAUCAAAGAGGAGGCUAAUGGGAAUCAGAAGCCAGUUGUGAAAGAAAAGAAAGCUGUUAAUGUGACGGAUCAUAUUUUAGAGAUUCGAUUGUAUUGGGCAGGGAAAGGGACAACCCUCAUUCCCAAAAGAGGAACUUAUGGUCCUCUUAUAUCUGCAAUCUCCUUGUGUAAUAGUCUGGAGCCACGAUGUGGAGCGGAGAAGAUAAAACAUCACAGUAGGUAUGCACUAAUUUUUGGGGUAACGGGUGCCUUGGUAACCAUUACUCUCGUGGCUUUGGGAUUAUAUACUCAGAAAAGAUGCAGAGGAGACACGAACACCAGAGAAAGAGAUCUGAGAGCCCAUAGUCUGCAAACGGUUUGCUUUACUUGGAGGCAACUGCAAGCUGCAACAAACAAUUUUGAUCAAGCCAACAAACUUGGAGAAGGAGGUUUCGGAUCCGUAUUCAAAGGAGAGCUGUCUGAUGGAACUAUCAUAGCAGUCAAGCAGCUUUCUUCCAAAUCAUGCCAAGGAAACCGCGAAUUUGUGAAUGAGAUAGGCAUGAUUUCAGGUCUGAAUCAUCCGAACCUUGUGAAGCUUUAUGGAUGCUGUGUCGAAAAGAACCAGUUGAUGCUCGUGUAUGAGUACAUGGAAAAUAACUCCCUUGCUCUUGCGCUUUAUGGAAAGAGUUCCCCGAAAUUGGACUGGGCUGCGAGACAAAAAAUCUGUGUUGGAAUCGCAAGAGGGCUUGAAUUCCUUCACGAAGGAUCGAUGAUUAGGAUGGUUCACCGUGACAUAAAAACCACUAAUGUGCUUCUAGAUGCCGACCUUAAUGCAAAGAUAUCUGACUUUGGAUUAGCUAGACUCCAUGAAGAAGAACACUCUCACAUUAGCACCAAAAUUGCUGGAACCAUCGGAUACAUGGCUCCAGAAUAUGCGUUGUGGGGUCACUUGACAGAGAAAGCAGAUGUCUACAGCUUUGGGGUUGUGGCAAUGGAGAUUGUUAGUGGGAAGAGUAACGUGACAAAGAAGGGAGGAAAUGACAGCUUCUCACUUAUCAAUUGGGCGCUGACACUGCAUCAGAAAGGAGACAUAUUGGAGAUCGUAGAUCCGAUGCUCGAAGGUGAAUUCAACAGCAACGAAGCAGUGAGGAUGAUCAAUGUUGCUCUCGUUUGCACAAACUCAUCUCCUUCUUUAAGGCCUUCAAUGUCGGAAGCCGUGCAAAUGCUAGAGGGAGAGAUGGAAAUAACAGAGGUUAUGUCAGAUCCUUCCAUGUACGGACACGACUUUAGUUUUUCAAAUCUGAAGAUUGCAAACAGUCAUGCACUUGGUAACUCAAACAUGUGUGGUGUGUCCGGAAAUGAGAUAUCAGCGACGACAACAACGACAUCCUCUGUGUCUGAUAUGUACCCAUUAUACCCAGAAUCCAUGAUCCUAAACUCCACCACCGAAAUUUCUUCUUCCUCACUAUAA